UUUUUUAAUACGUUUAAUAUUAUUAUAUACAAAUUGCCAACAACUCAGCAUAUUUAAAGUAGCUGUUGAAGGUAAACACCGUUCAAAGAAAUAUCAAUUCAAAAUGGAGACUACAAUACAAACCAGUGAGCCGAAAAUAUUCUCCUUAAACUACAUGAAACAGCUCCGCUUCACGCUCGAAACUAUAGGACAGUGGCCCAACAGAGCCUUAGGGGACUUCUCACGGCGCGCGAUACUGUUGUCCAUGUAUCACAAAUUCUUAAUCGGCACAUUUUGUUUUACGGAAGUCCUAGCGUUUUUGUACAUGAGGAAGCAUAGAGCGACUAUUCGGUUUAUUGAUAUGGGGCAAAUUUACACGAAUUUGUUUCUAACCGGGCUAUUUCUUCAAAGAGCGGCGCUACCUUUUCAGAAGAACUACAAAGAGUGUGUGAAAAAGUUCGUUUUCGAGUUUCACUUAAUGCACCAUGAGCAUAUAAGUGACUUUGCAUUGAAGGAAUCCCGCAAAGUAAACAAAAUCUGCCAGAUCGCCACCAAAGUAAUUUACCUCCAGCUCGCCUGCGGGAUGCUGGCCUACAACCUCUCCCCCCUUUUCCGGAAUUAUUACGAAGGAAUGUUCGCCAGCGAACUACCCGAAAACAAGUCCUUCGUACACUCCGUCGACUACCUUCUACCUUUUGACGCUUAUCGCAGUUUCACGGGCUAUCUAGUUGUGUUCACUUGGAAUUGGUUCCCUACUUACAAUAUUCCUACUGCGAUGGGAAUUUACGAUUUAUUGGUGUUCGUAAUGGUGUUCCACAUGGUGGGGCAUAUGAAUAUACUUUAUAAUAGUUUGAAAGAGUUCCCCAGGCCGAAAGAGGGCCAGUCUGAGGACCCCCUACCGUCGACUCGGGAGUAUAAUGAAGAGAUAUUUGGACAGUUGAAAAAUGUGAUUCGGCAUUAUCAAAUGAUCAAGGAGUUCAUGGGUGACAUGACUGCAGCGUUUGAUCUGACGUUAUGUUGCUAUCUAGCCUUUCACCAAGUGAUGUGUUGUUUAAUGUUGCUAGAAUGUUCUACACUGGAACCGGAGGCCUUGGUAAAAUAUGGAUUACUUGCCGCUGUCAUAUUCCAGCAAUUAAUUCAAACUUCGGUGGCUUUCGAGUUAAUUAAAUCAAAGAGUGACAGUCUCGGUGAUGAAGUGUAUGCAGUACCAUGGGAAUAUAUGGACGUCAAAAACAGAAGGAUUUUACUACUAUUCCUCAGAAAUGUGCAGGACCCAUUAGGUCUAAAGGCGUGUGGUAUGGUGCCGGUUGGAGUGUUGACUAUGUCUACGAUCAUAAGGACAUCAUUUUCAUACUACCUUAUGUUGGCUACAUUCGACUAAUUCUACGGCCGAAGAACGAUAGUUAUUUGUACAACAAGAGAUCAAAGUUUGAUAUUUCUUCGAGUGCUUAUUUUGAGUCCCGUGCAAGCGUAGUGAGGGACUCAAAAGCGCACGAGACGUAAAUAACUUUGAUCUCGUGUAGCACACAAAAUUUUUCACGUGAGCAGUGAGAACAUACUUAUUAGACAACUUCAAAAAUGUAAUUCUUCUUCAUCACUAUAUAUCAAUACCUGCACUCACGUUUCUUAAGAUAUACAAACAAUUAAGUUUAAUUACCGCAAUCGAACACAAAAACAAAACGUAAUAAAAAAAUUAGUAAAAUAAUAUGGAAAUAACGAACAUCAACUGACACUUCAAUCGACAACUUUUUUGUAAAAAACAAACUUUGUAAGAUACGGUCCGAAUUGCGGAUACGUACUAUUUGUCAACUAGGGUAGAAAUUCUUAAAAGUAAUUUUUGAGUUCAUUAUUUUAAUUGUAUAAUAAAUAUAAUAUUUUAUCAGUUGUUAUCAAAUCCUAAACUUUAUUUUUAUUAAUUAAUUAUUAAGAAUUCAUACUCGUACGUGGUUGUGAACGAUGCGAUCUGAAGUUUUUCGGGGGUUUAUUAUAAACCGUCAAUAUACCGUUGAAUGUCGUUUUCACUUUUUUUUAUUGUUUCUUUUUGCUAACAGUGUGAAAGACACAGUGACAGUGACAGUAACAGUGGGACAGAGAUAAUAGAACCCAAGUAUUUCGAACUUGUAUUAGACCCCGCACGUCGAAAUGACAUUUGACUAUAAGCCCCCAUUCGCACUACAGCUUUUUCAACGCGCGUGCUGCCCCCAACGGAUCACGUACGCUCUCUUCUGCUUUGGAGGGACUGACAUCUUGUGGCUUAAAACUGAAAACUUAAAGUUUACAUUAACUUUGCGCACCGCAAUAAAUAUAUUAAAAUAGGUACCUACAUUUAACAAUAGUAAGUUUUGUUAAUACUUUCCCUUGGUUUUGGAUUCUUAAAACCCUUUAAUAUGUACAUCACUAUAUCCCACCUAUCUAGAAAGUAUCUAUUUAAGUAAUUGAAGUCAUUUAAAUUACAAUUUAUACCUAAUUUACGUAAUUUAUCAACAAUCUUAUCAUUUAAACUGUCAAUAUUAAAAUUAAUUGCAACUAA